CAUCACCGACAGCGACUAUGAAAUUUUCAUUCAAGGAUAUCAAGGCGAAAUAACGAAGUCUAAUAAUUCCAGAUAAUUAUAUUAAAUGAAAAGUUAAAGUGAAAGACAAUUUCCAUGUUGAAGUACUCCUCAAGUGCUCGUAUUUAGUAAAUAUCUUUUUAUAUAAUUUUAGAAUGCAAUGCUCCCUCGCCGUCGAAACGUUGGUGUAUCUGACAGGACGAAUUUGUUAUUACAAGAAGAGUUAAUUCCGUACAACAAAUUAAAUAAAAACGGAUCUGUUAUUCAGCAAUCGCAUCAAUUUAAUUCGGAAGAAGGUUUACAACGAGGUUUUGUUGCCGAAACUGAAAUUGCAUUUGAUUUUUUGGAGGAAUUUGUAUUUGAACCUGUAAUGGCAGCCAGAGAUAGGACACAAGAAUUUGCAUCAACAGUCCGAAGUCUUCAAGGGAGAACUUUGGCUAGACCUAUAGUAAAAGAUGAACGGAAAGCAGCUGUUCUCGCUACAUAUUCACAAUUUAUGAGUAUGGCAAAAGUAAUAAGCAAAAACAUUACAAGUACUUAUGCCAAACUAGAAAAGCUUGCAAUGUUGGCAAAAAAGAAGUCUUUGUUUGACGAUCGACCAAUGGAAAUAUAUGAGCUUACAUAUAUCAUUAAAGGUGAUUUAAGUUCACUUAAUCAGCAGAUUGCUAGGUUGGAUGAAAUGCCAAGAGGUCGAAAAAGUAUGUAUAAUCAUUCAUCCAGUGUUGUGAUAGCUCUACAGUCCAGGCUUGCUUCAAUGAGUAAUCAGUUUAAACAGGUCCUGGAAGUCAGAUCAGAAAAUCUUAAGCAUCAAAAUAAUAGACGUGAACAAUUCUCAAGCUCAGCACCACUUGUCAAAGAAACACCUUCCUUAUUGCAACCUGAUGAAGUCAGCAUAGAUUUAGGGGAAACAUCAAGCUUACAGACACAACAAUUUGCAUUAAGAGAUGACACUGACUCAUAUGUGCAACAAAGGGCUGAAACUAUGCACAAUAUUGAGAGCACAAUUGUUGAAUUAGGAGGUAUUUUUCAACAGUUGGCUCACAUGGUCAAAGAACAAGAUGAAGCCAUUGGGAGAAUUGAUGCAAAUAUUCAUGAAGCUGAAAUGAAUGUAGAGGCAGGUCACAGAGAAAUAAUGAAAUACUUCCAAAAUAUAACUGGUAAUCGAGCACUCAUGCUUAAGAUUUUUGGAGUGUUAAUAUUUUUCUUUAUAUUUUUUGUUAUAUUUAUGGCAUAGAUCCUAUAGACACUUUAAAUAAUAUGUGGAAGGAAAAUAUAUUUAUGUAACAUACUUUAGAAGAGUGUACUUUGGUAUGAAAUAGGUACAAAUAAAUAAAAACAUACAUAGUAUAUGCAAACAUUAUUUAUGAUCAUAAAAAAGCAAUUAAUAUUAGUUACUUGACAUGUCUUUUUGAAAUAAUUAGUACUUUAUUGUUUAAUAUUUGUUUUCAUAUAUUAUAUUUAUAUAAUUAUAUUGAAUUGCAAUAAAGUAAAACUGAUCAUAGGAAAAUAAAUGUGUAUGUUGUAAAUAUAAACAUUUACAUUUUGAGUUUUAAUAU